AUGAAGUAUGAGUUGGGAAUUGAAAAGGAAAUCUCAGUGGAGCGGAUGCGACAAGAAUCUGAGAAAGCCAAGAUAGAGUUGGAGGGACAUCGUCUGUCUAUUCUCAGAGAUGGCGCGUUGUCCGGUGAAGUAGCUGUUGAUGUACGUCCAGCUUUGCCAAUCGAGCGGAUACAUUUUAUUCUGGGCAACGGUUUGGCAGGUGGCAGGAUCUGGACUGAUGUUCUCCCGGCAUUUUUAGUGACUGGUGGUCUGAUUGAGUCUGGGUUUGAGGAGAGCUCUACAGUGGUGCCAGAGGUCACGUCCUCCUGCAUGAUCCCGUGUGCUAUGGUCAAAGCUAUGCUGUGUAGAAACCAGAAGGCCAGGCAUUGCUCCACUGGUCAGGGUGGUCGUGGUGGCGGCGGCUUUGAUAGUGGUCGUGGUGGCGGCGGCUUUGAUGGUGGUUGUGGCGGCAGCGGCAGCAGGGGUCGAGGACGUGGCAAGGAGAUGUUCUGUUAUCGGUGUGGAGAUCAAGGACAUUUGGCCAGGGACUGUGACCAAACUGAGGAUGUAUGCUACAACGGCAACAAACCAGGCCACAUGGCUCGUGACUGUGGGCAUGCCAACGACCGGAGGUGCUACUCCUGCGGGGGGCUUGGUCACAUCCAGAGACGUUGUGAGAAGGUGUUUGUUGACAUUGUUGCCCUGUCUUUUUGUUCUCCUCAGCUGGAUGGGGACACCAUGUUCCUGGGUAUGCCAGAAGCCGGCCAUGACUUUGCAUCAACCAAUCAGUUUCGUGUGCCUCAGCCCCCCCACCCUCUCAGCAAGGGGACGCAAUCCAACCAGCCCUCCCAGCACUGGAGGAGGGACACACACAUGCCCGACACACACCGUCUGCCCUGGUCUUACUCAGUGGGUGGUUUGGGUGAUGAUGACUACAACAUUCCCCCCAUCACUCCCCCCACCCUGCCAGAGCACAUGCUGCACCCCCAUCUCCCACACGAUUCCCGCUCUGGACCAUACCACCAAAUGGACCCCCCUUCCAGGUCAGCGCCGCACCACCCCUACCAGCUGCAGGGCAUGGACCUGCCCGGCAUGUCCAGUGGCCAGGAUGGAAACGCCCUGCUGAACCAGGAUGGGGGCACCUUCAGUCCGGACGGGGGCCCCAUGACCAGCACCCUGUCUGUGAUGCAGCAGAUGGUGAACUCUGACUCACGGUUCACCAGCAGCCAACAGCCAAUCGAAGCUGCGCUCGGACCCAGGAGCCAAUCGGGCAUGAGCCAGCAAGGUCAGCUGUCCACCAUCAACCAAUCCCAGCUGGGGCUGAGUGGGAACUCUGCUACCCAUAAUUCUCCUUCCCCCCCUGGAAGUAAAUCAGCCACCCCGUCCCCGUCCAGUUCAGCACAUGAGGACGACAAUGAUGACGGACUCAGGCUGGUCAGUGUAGCAGAGAAGAGGCCAGCGACAGUGGACAUCUCCAAGAAACCAAAAACACCAAAGAAGAAGAAGCGCAAAGACCCCAACGAGCCGGUGAAGCCAGUUUCCGCCUACGCCCUGUUCUUCAGGGACACCCAAGCCAACAUCAAGGCCCAGAACCCCAACGCUACCUUUGGGGAGGUGUCCAAGAUCGUGGCCUCCAUGUGGGACGGCUUGGGGGAGGAAGAGAAACAGGAGUACAAGAAGAGGACGGAGACGGCUAAGAAGGAGUAUCUGAAACAACUGGCUGCAUACAGAGCCAGCCUGGUCUCACAGAGUUACAACGAUCCGUCUGAAAUGAAGCCCCCCCACUCUUCCUCCAUACCUUCCUCUACCUCAAUGUAUAGCCCUAAGCCUUCAGUGUACCCCGGUCACCCGGGCCAGCACCACUCCUCCAGCCCAAUGGCCCACCCCCACUCUCAUCCCCACCCCCACUCUCACUCUCACCCCCACUCUCACCCUCACUCCCUCCCUUCCCACCAGCACCCCAGCAUGUACAUGCCGUACCCUCACCAGUCGCACCCUUCCCACGCCUCAAGCCCCGGCCUCAGCCCACACCUGCCCCCCCCUCACACCCAGAUGCACCCCCAGCUCCAGGCCCUGUCCUCCAGAGGGACGGCGCCACGGCCCAGCGUGCCCCCCCACCAGGGAGCUCUGUCCCUGGGCAGCAUGACGGCGGCCAGCCCUCCGCUCCAGGUCAGCCCCCCCCUCCACAGCCAGGCCCACCUGGGGGGGCUGCACAGUCCCCACCAGCAGCACCAGCAGCAUCACCAGCACCACCAGCACCAGCAGCAGCAGCACCAGCAGCACCAGCAGCAGCAGCAGCACCAGCAGCUCAGUGGACACUCUCUGGGAAUGACACACUCCCCGGGCAUCUCACAGGGCUACCACCCCUCCCUGCAUCCUGACUACCAGCAGUUGGGAGGAGCCAUGCUGAAUGGUGGAGCAGUGAUGUCAUCAGCGGUGGACUACCAUCAGCUGGGUCGACACACGCAGAACCAACACCCCUCUCUGGACUGGAGUACUGAUUACCAUGGCAACGGCGGCCUGCAGAGAGACAAGCCUCUCUAUCUGAGCUAAUCUCAGGACACCAUGACACCAAACCUCAGCAAGCCCUUCCACUGCCUCACCACCAACCUCCUGAAGCACAGAGCACCUCCACCUGGGCACACUGAGUAAAGGGAUGUGUGUGUGUGUGUGUGUGUGUGUGUGUGUGUGUGUGUGUGUGUGUGUGUGUGU